GAUUUCCGGUGAAACCGGAAGAAUCUUUGUUUGUGUUUGUCAAAAUGGCGGCUGGAAUGUAUCUAGAGCACUAUUUGGACAGCAUAGAGAAUCUGCCCUUUGAACUGCAGAGGAACUUCCAGCUGAUGCGAGAUCUGGACCAGAGGACAGAGGAUCUGAAAGGGCAGAUUGAUUCUCUGGCUCGUGAAUACACAGCCAACGCUCGGACAUUGUCUUCCGAACAGAAGCUCUCACUGUUAAGACAGAUCCAGCAGUCUUAUGGAAAGUGUAAAGAGUUUGGAGAUGACAAGGUCCAGCUUGCGAUGCAAACCUACGAGAUGGUGGACAAGCAUAUCCGAAGGUUGGAUACAGACCUGGCUCGCUUUGAAGCUGACCUCAAGGAGAAACAGAUAGAGAGCACCGAUUAUGACUCUACCUCCAGCAAGGGCAACAAGAGUGACCAUCGAGGACCCAAGAAGAAGGAAGUGACUCGCACUAGGUCAAAGGUGAAGAACUCUGAUGAUGACUGCAGCUCAAAGAGUAGUCAGAAGAAGGUCAAACUCACACAAAGCUCUGAGUUUUCAGCCCCAGCCGUGAACUUUGGGAACGUGCACCCCUCGGAUGUGCUGGACAUGCCAGUGGACCCCAACGAGCCCACUUAUUGUCUCUGCCACCAGGUUUCAUAUGGGGAGAUGAUCGGCUGUGACAAUACAGACUGUUCUAUCGAGUGGUUCCACUUUGCUUGUGUGGGUCUGACCACCAAACCCAGAGGGAAAUGGUACUGCCCAAGAUGUUCGCAGGAGCGGAAGAAAAAAUGAACAUGUAAAUCAGGAGAAUUGACAGAGAGGGAGGUAGAGGCAGACACAAGGGUUGAAAGUGUUUUUAAGGCCCUCCAUAGACACUAAUAUAGAUCCACUCUCUGCUUAAUCUGGUGCUUGUCAUCCUCUUUUCCGUCUUCACGUCCCUCUCUCAGCCAGACAGUAAGAAGGGAUGACGGGUGAAGAUGAAGGAGGUGUAGUAAUUUAUGUGCUCGGUAAUGAAGAUGACUUUUUGUUAUGGAGUGUUUCUUAUUUUUAUUUUUUUUGGUUUAUUUUUAUAUUUUGCCUAUUUUCGGUUUGAUUAUUUGGAUUGUAUUUUUUACAGCUCAUUUUAAACACGUGAACUCAGCAGUCAGGGGUCACAUCAGGAGAUUCCAGGUGGUCUCAGACCGGAUCAUUUCUCAGUGUAUCCUUAGAUGGGAUCAUUUCCUACUAGUCUCAGUUUUUGCCUUUUUUACAGACAAAGAUCAGACUGAAGCUGAUCGUUUAUUUAACUUAUUUUCUCAUUGCAGUUUUCAUAAAAGGGCAAGUUUAAAAGGGCAUGUUUAUUUGACAAACCAGCAAUUACAGGAAAAUAGCUGCUCAAUGGAAUUAUUUAACUUGAUUUUUACACCUACUCAGCCUACUUUCCCUCUCUCUCUCUCUCUCUCUCUCUCUCUCUCUCUCUCUUCUCUUUGUUGUCUUACUCACUUGAAGACCACCUCUUCACUUCAGGUUCAUUCCACAACUGUAGAUUUCAAUGCAGACACAUUUUUUUUUGGUGCUUGUGGUCACACACUACCUGGACGGUAUUCCAGACUGUUUAAAAGCAUUAACUCAGCAUGUAACGUCAUUCGGUCGAAUCGCUCUGACACCUGCUCAUUAAACGCAUUUGGUGUUUUCUUUUUUUUUUGUAACGAUAUGAAUUAACUCUAGACUCUAGGAUUGCUGGGAGUUCAGCGACGGGGUUCUUUGCGACUGGAUUUUGGUGCUUAUGAAUAUAUUAAAAAUAACGAUGUGUGCGGUUUGGUUAAAUGCGUGAAUUGCGCAGCUUACAAUGGUUCUCGGUCGUUGUGUUGACGUUGUUAAAGCAGUAUGAUGCUUUUCGCGAGAUGUAGGAAAUCAAAUGUGCUGAUAUCAGUUUGUAUUUAAGGUUUGGUUGUUUUAAUAAAAGAAUUACAGUUAUGUCAGACAAUGCAAAACCUGGUGCUACACAGUGCUUGUUGCCGGUUCUAAAUGAUUCUGUUGUCUAGUGUACGAUGAAGGGUUUGUGUCGCGUGUUUUUUGCCUUUGUCAUGUUGCUUUGUGAUUUGAUAUUCUAGAGUACUGUACUAAUGUCAGAUAUUGGGUCUGGUGUCUUCCAUGCUGAACGAACAAUGCCUGAUUCUGAAAGCGUC